GGAAGACUUCGUUUGUAGUUCCGGUUUGAACCAGUAUGCGAAGAGAUGUCGUACGUGUUCACGAACAGUUACUUGUUAUGUUUAGUCGCUGCGUUGUGAGGAAUCGAUGACCGUCAAAUUAUCGUGAAUCGUUCCUGGUGUUCUCAGUAAUCCGGUAGCUUGAAAUUAUGCAGUUCUAUAAGGAAAAGCUACUGUCACCCGGACAACUGAAACGCCUUAGCGAGCACAAAUACAACUGCACGACGAACAGCCUUUUGGACGGGCUUCUUCAACCCUGGUGGGACUGGCUAGUUAGCAAAGUUCCACUUUGGCUUGCACCCAAUUUAAUCACAGUCUUGGGGCUUAUCGUCAACAUCCUUACCACAUUAAUUCUUGUUUAUUAUAGUCCCGAUGCUAGAACCGAGGCACCAAGAUGGGCAUGCUUUUUGUGCGCGGUUGGUUUGUUCAUUUACCAGAGUUUGGAUGCAAUAGAUGGCAAACAGGCCAGAAGAACUGGAACUUCAACACCACUGGGGGAACUGUUUGAUCAUGGAUGUGAUUCCUUGUCAACGGUGUUUGUUGCACUGUCGGCAUGCAUAGCAGUACAAUUAGGAUAUUACCCAACAUGGAUGUUUUUCCAAUGCUUCUGUGCUAUGACACUAUUUUAUUGUGCUCAUUGGCAGACUUAUGUUUCAGGUACCCUAAGGUUCGGUAAGAUAGAUGUCACAGAAGCACAGUUUACCAUUAUAACCAUUCACCUCAUUUCUGCGAUCUUUGGACCUAAAGCAUGGAUGAUGGAGAUACCAGUGCUCGGUGUAGGCACAGUCAGUAACUGCGUAGCAGUGAUAUUUUAUGCAGGCUACGUUCAUGUAUUCCUUGAAUUCUGUAAAGUGUUUGAAUCCGGUGGGAUUGGAAAGAAUGGUUCCACGAUUGCAGGAACGUCAGUUUUAUCUCCAAUUAUUCCAUUUAGUUUUGUGAUAGUACCAGCUUUUAUAAUUUAUAGAAAAAGUGCUGAGCACGUAUAUGAAAAUCAUCCUGUACUGUACAUACUUGCAUUUGGAAUGGUUGCGGCUAAAGUUACCAAUCGGUUAGUGGUUGCGCACAUGACAAAAAAUGAAAUGCAGUAUUUAGACAGUUCGCUGAUUGGACCAGCAAUGCUGUUCCUGAAUCAGUAUUUUAAUUUCUUUAUCAAAGAAUAUUACGUUCUUUGGUUGUGCUUUAUUUGGGUCACCCUGGAUUUACUCCGGUAUUGUACUCAAAUAUGUUUCGAGAUCUGCGAUCACAUGAAGAUCAAACUAUUUAGGAUACCAUUAGGAGAUUAUCGAGCGACCCAGGUUUCUAACACAGCUGAAAAAAAUGUUCGCAUGAUGGUGGAACAAGAGCCUCUGUUAGACGAGGACUAUCAUCACGGAUCUGAUACUACCCUCGACCUAUGAUGGAUACAAAAGUAUACAUCAGCGUAAAGAUGAUUAUUUGAAAUUACAGGGUUGCGCAAAGGUCUCUGCAUUUUCCAAUUUCUACUCUUAUGUUUUUGUUCCUCUAUGUAUGAGAAAUAGAAAGAGGCAUGUACGAUGUGAAACUGUAACUAGGAAGUUUCAAAUGAUCUUUGAUCCUUGGAGGAACGUAUUUUUAUCGAGAAUUGUUUGUAUAAAAAGAGUAGAUAAUGAAAUGUAUUUAAAAGAUUUCGCGCGUUACCCGUAGAUCAUAGAAAAGAAUUUUUUAGUUCUAUCGAUAACAGUAAUGAGCACGAGAUUGCCUAAUUAAAUGGUUUUCGAGUGAGCGAGAUAACAGCGUAUUUCUUCAUAGAAUAUUAGAGUGAGAAACUGUGAAGUACAAUUUCGUUACCGAUGAUUGUAAGAUAGAGAGAUAAUUGUUCCGAUACAGUCAUAAUAAAUAUCGCGAAUAAGAUUUCGUUAUUGGUACUAUCCGAAUUUGUAAAACUUUUACAAGGUAAUGGAAGGAAGAAUAUUUUUUAAAUAGUUUAUGCACCUUUGAUACUUACGCAAGGCGAACAAAAACGAUCAAUUAUUUUUCCUCGUGCGAUUUUUAAUGAGAAUUUUUCGUUACGAGUAUAAGUUUUAGCACAAUAAAACACGUACUAAUUUCUGUUAUUAUUGCACAAUAAUUAACAAUUUUUCUCAGUAGUAUGCAAUAUCGAAUUCUUACCGCAGAACGAAUGAAAAUUGUAGCAUUCUAAAUUACAAUUAGAAAAAAGAAAAAAAAAGAAAAAUAAUUUUGUAUCGAUAUUUAUUAUAAAACUUAUAACAAUAAAAUGAUAAUAAUAUUUUAUUCGACGGGCUCGCACGAGCCUCGUGUAUUUGUCUACGAACAAUUUGUAUUUUGAUAACGGAGUUAGAAUCGAAUCUUUAAUUCGAUUAAUAAUUUUCAAAGUUGAAAUUAUAAUGUCUUAUAUGGAAAUACAAUCGAUUGGAAACAAUAUCUUCUGUAAAAACGUUAUUUAUAUUUCACCGAACAUUGUUAUACUUGAACGAAAAUGAAAAAUGGAGACGUAAACAUCGAUGAUUUUUUAAUAAUCGAGAAUUUAGAAAAUUCAUUCUUCAGUGCAGCGUUUCUUAAGUUUUUUACUGUAUUGGCCCAACACAUUUGUUUGUAAUAGUACCACGGCCCAAAUGUUUAUGCUGUAUAAAUUUUAAAAACAUUAUUGCGAUCUAUGUUUUCAAAUCUGUGAAAUUUUUUUAGUCCUUAGUUUUGCAUAAACGAUAGCAGCAUACAUUUUCACAUAUAUUUAAGAACUUCGCUAGCAAAGUAGUAUGUAUUAUUAUUAAUUGUUCGCAUGACAUUACAUAAUAAACGAAUUAAUAAACAUUCAAA